AUGCUUAGGAUAUGCCCAAAUAACUUCAAAAGUGUGUGUCUUAGAGGCUUCCAUACCUCAAAAAUCAUUUUCAAUACCACUACAGCAGAGACAGAUCUUGGUUCUACCAAACCAAACUCCACUUCCACUAAGCAAGAUCGAGUCUUUAUUAAAUCACCAUAUACAAUCAAAGCCUUACCAAUUGAUCCAAAGUUUAGACUGGGAUAUGACCCUAUUUAUAUUUCACCCUUAGGAUCAAGAAUCUCCCUUAUUAAAAGAGUAGCAUUGGGUAUAGGUGCUUUCGGUGUUUAUAGCUCACAUUUAAUGUUCAAUUCUUCAUUCUUCACGGAUGAGAUGGCUUACAUUGUUUUGGCAUCUACAUUAUUACCAAAUCCACUUAUCAAUUUUUAUACAAGGAAUUAUGUUAAUAGAAUCUAUAGAUUAUACGAUACAACUAAACCACAAACUUUGAAAAAUUUAACUCAUGAAGAAACUUUAGUGGCAGAAAAAAUUUCAUGGACUGGUAGGUCAUUUUAUAAUAGAUUAAUGAAAGUUCAGGAUCUCAGAUUAACUAAAUCAAAAAUUGGGCUCUAUAAUUGGAAACUGAAAGAGGAUAAAUUCUAUAUUGUUGAUGAUAUUGGUGGUAUCAAAAUGGAUCGUAUCUGGGGUAUUGUGGAACAUAAUUCAGGUGUUGAUAACGGUAGAUUCUUUGGCAAAUGA